GCCUGCGGUUCAUUUCUGACGGAUGUGGAGGAACGUAAUGAAAUCUAGUAUCUGCGGCAAGUGGCUUUUGUGAUUAACUCAAAUCUAGUAGGAAGUUGGACGCGGUCAAGAUGUUCAAACAGCUUUUUCUAGUGAUCUCGUUACUUUACUUCGUGUACUCGGCACCGCAGGCGGAAAACUAUGAAGCGUAUCAAUAUCAGUACGAAGUGAAGGAUCCGGAAAAGAAAUUAUUUUUUGAUAAAAAUGAAGCUGGAGAUGCCGGAGGCAAGGUUUCGGGCAAGUACUCGGUUUGGUUACCAGACGGACGUCUAAUGACAGUGAAAUACUCUGUGGACAAGGAAAGCGGUUACGUAUCCGAUGUCGAUUUUCAGGAAAAUGCCAAUCCACUUUCUGGAUAGAAACAUGAAAAACACUGACUAAAUCCAUGCUAAAGAUGCUACAUUACAAAUGCCGCGUACAGUAGAGUAGAAGAUUAUUAGUGAGUAGUAGAACUGAGUGGACCAUGCGCGCAGUGAUUAGAAAUAUUUCGCUAAUUCUGCGAGAGAGAGACAAAACCGGAUUCUUUGUACAUUAAUAGAUUAAAAGUAGGAGAAAAAAAAAUUAGAUAAUAAGAUGACACUAGCAGCAGAUAA